GAUGAUGUUAACUCAAUUCCACAUUGAGUACCGGCCGAGGUCGGCAAUUAAGGGAAGGCCCUUGCUGACUUCCUCGUGGAAAUGACCGGUCUAACUCCAGAUUUACCGGUCAACAAGCCCACUGAGCAAUGGUGGGAGAUGGCAGUUGAUGGGGCGUCCGGUCCUAGAGGAUACGGGGGUGGUAUCGUGUUCACCACCCCAGAAGGGUUCAACAUCUAUCAUGCAAUCGUCUUCAAUUUCAAGCUGACGAACAAUGAGGCAGAAUAUGAAGCUCUGGUUGGAGGGCUCAGACUUGCCCAAGCCUUGAAAAUCAGCCGGGUCAGUGUCAAAUCUGACUCUAGCCUGAUAGUAGGGCAGGUGACCGGUAACAUGGAAACAAGGGAAGGACGCAUGGCACAAUACAAGGACCUUGUACUUGCCCUGUUGAAAGGCUUCGAAGAAUUCAAGAUCGCCCAAAUUCCCCGGGCGGAGAACGCGGAUGCAGACCUUCUCUCCAAAUUGACGCAGUAUGCUCCCGAGCAUGUUUCGAAACUUGCCCGGAUGGAGAUCCUUGACCGUGCAAGCAUCGAGAAAUUGGAAGUCGCCGCUAUAGCGACCGGGAGCCAGUUUGACCGGUCAAAAUUGGUCCGGGCGGACGACCAUUGGAUGUAUGAUCUGAUGGAAUAUUUGACGGAUGGGAGCUUGCCAGAACAAGAUGACCGGGCAAGAAAAGUGAAGCUCAGGGCACCCCGAUUCCAGAUUCUUGAUGGAAAGCUGUAUAAAAGGGCAUUUGGGGGGCCACUCCUGAGAUGUCUAACCAACCGAGAGGCUGAGCGAGUCAUAGCGGAAGUCCACGGAGGCGUAUGCGUGGCGCAUCAAAUGUCCCGUACGCUUUCCCAGCGCAUUAUCUUGUUGGGGUAUUACUGGCCAACAAUUGUCCAGGACUGUGAGAGGUAUGUACAGAAAUGUAGAACAUGUCAAGUGUUCUACAAGUACCCCGGUAGACCAGCAACCUACUAUCACCCCGUAUCAAAUGUCAUCCCAUUCGCUAGGUUCGGGGUUGAUAUCAUUGGAGCAUUCCCAGUCGCCCAAGGAGGGAAGAAGUUCGUGAUCGUAGCCAUCGAUUACUUCACCAAAUGGAUCGAGGCCGAAGCAUUGGCCAACAUUACCACGCAACAAUGCAAGAAAUUCAUUUGGAAAAACGUCAUCACGAGAUUUGGAGCGCCCAUGAACCUCAUCACCGACAACGGCCCACAAUUCCGAAAUCCAAGGUUCACUGAAUACUUGGAGGGCUUUGGGAUCAAGCACAAUCGCUCCUCGGUAGCAUACCCCCAAGGGAAUGGCCAAGUCGAAAACGCCAACCGAACGAUUGUGGAUGGUCUAAAGAAACGGCUGGGAGAAGCAGGAAACAAGUGGCUGGAAGAGCUCCCACACAUCGUAUGGGCAUUCCGAGUAACACCCAGGAGGGCUCACGGGGAAACUCCAUUUUCCCUAACCUAUGGAUGUGAGGCAAGGCUGCCCAUCGAAGCUGAAUUCCCAACGUUCCGGGAAUCAAACUAUCAACCCCAGCAGAAUGAGGAAGACCACUUGGCCGAACUCAACUUGGUCGAAGAACGGAGAAUGGCCGCGGAAGUCAAAAUGAGCACAUACCAACAAGUUGUGAAGAAGUACCAUGACAACAAGGUUGGGCCGCGAUACUUCCAAGUUGGGGAUGAAGUCCUACGGAGAAGAGAAACAAGUAGACCCGGCGACGGAGGAAAGCUAGCGAAAAACUGGGAAGGCCCAUAUAGGGUUAGAGCCAUCAUUCGCCCGGGGACAUACCGGUUAGAAACUCUUGAAGGGGUACCGGUAGAAAGAACCUGGAAUUCCCAUCAUCUUCGCAAGUUCUACAAAUGAUUGUAAUACUAGGCAAGGCCUACUUUAUUAUCAAUCAAACCGAUGAUGUUCAACCUAUCCUAGGAGGGCUUCCUGGGUGGAUCGAAUCCACUUGGCUAAGCCAACUGAGACACAGGCCCGGACCUGGCACGCUGGUUACUACACCGGUCUUGCUCAGUAUAAUAGAAAAAAUAUCAAAACCCGGAAGAGGGGCCCGGAAGAGGGUAUGCCUGCAAGAGGGCUGGACCUGGAAGAGGGUUCGAACCGUACUUACACGGGCCCAUGAGGUUUGACUGGUGUCGGGGAAUCAGCCGGCGCCGUCAAAUUGAUUGGGAACUAAAAAGAUGCCCAUUAAAAGAAAUAGAAGGGGAUCGU